AUGCUGACGGGCUACCAGGCGCUCAUGGGUAUCCGCUACAACACCUCUCCUCCUGGUCCUACAUUCGUCCCGUCGCUGGAUGCUGCUCUGCUACAUCUUCGUCCGCAUCCGGGCAGCUCAUCCUUGAGGCGAGGCGACUUGGUGGAAAUUGUCGGCACCAGUGGAUCAGGCAAAAGCUCUUUGAUUACAUUCCUGAUUCUCAUCACCAUACUCUCGGCUACCCUUCCGGCCCCGCUGUCUACGAAUCUUGGGGGGAAAGAGGCUCAGGCCAUGCUCUUUCAGCCCAACACGCAUCGGCCAAUCCUACCUCUCAUUCGACGCGCCAUGGAAGCCCACAUCAAAGCCUGUGCCCCGGGAGUAGAAGAUGAUAUGGUCAACAGUGUCAUCAAAGACAGUAUGAGCCGGCUUCGUAUAUGGACAGGCAAACCCAGGUGGAAAGACCUCGCGUUGGGUAUUCAGAGUGUUCUAGAUGAGACUUCGCCUUACACCUUUCCUCUUUCAAACUCUGGCCAUGCCCUUGACUUGCUUGCCAUUGACGGCCUGUCCGAUGCCUACUACCUUAAGAGAUGGUCCGAGGAGGAGCGCGGUCGGAGACAGCAGCCUCACUUGACUGGAAAAGCAGUGGAAAUGGAGGAUAUCGGUUUGAGGCAGGUCAUGGAGGCUAUAGGAGCUGUUCGCAAGGAGCUCGGGAGCGUGGUCGUGAUGAGCGCACAGAGUCUACGGGUCUCCCGCGACGCCCAGCCCUUUCAUCUGCCACAUCUGCCACCCCCUUACCCGAGUCCUUUCGCUUCAUCCAACAAUCUGCCCUUGUCGGCUUCGAACCCCAUGUACUGGCCACUCAACAUCCAGUUGAGCCUCAUGGGUCGUUCACGAGGCCUUCAACUGCCAGGAGAUACCAUGAUUGCCGACGCCCUCAGAGUCAAAGCCCGCGAGAGGAAUGAUAAGGCCGAAGAUACACGAGGGGAUACGUACAAUGGCCUGGUAAGGAUGGUAAGGUCGGACGGUGCGCUCUUGGGGAAAGAGGGCAUCGGAUUUCAUUUUCGAGUCGGUAACGAGGGGCUACAGGCCUGGGGCGACGAGUAG